CGGACGACUGGGUUGAAUGAAAUGACUAGCUAACAAUUAGCAAAGGACAACACCAAAACAACACAUAACCUGGCUCUAAACGAUAGAAUAAGUAUCCAGUGAAUAAUUUAGACUUUUAAGCUCCUUGUUGAUGAGUCGCAUUGUGGGUGCUUCCUCUUGGGCACCGAGGCUAAUCGGGACAGCCAUGCUAAUAACACACGUUAGCUAGCAUGUACGGCAGGAGUCGCUUGGUGUACAGGAUUUAAAACCGCCUGAUCAGUGGAAUAUCUGACAUCUCUGAAGGGUAAAUAAAUUCAAAGAAACACUUUCAGCUCCGAAGGGAACUCAACUGCCUUACUCAGUUUGAGGCCGAGGCAACACUACCACCAUGUACUCGAGCCCUAAGAACACCGUGAAGUCCAGCUGCGACAGCAGCAGCAUCACUGAGCUGCUGGGUGCCCUGUGUGACUGCAGCCUGACUGGGGUGUCAUGGAAGCGCCGUGCCGUGGGAGGAGUCUCCAGAGAGAGUUUCCGCAAAGCCCUCAAGAAGCGAGCUUAUGGUGCCCUGUUGUCCAAGCUGUUUCAUGAAGGCACCAAAGGUUCUGCCUCAGGACCAAACGCCACAGCUAACACACCACCCAGGAACAAAGUCCUGAUGAUAUGCUUUGACUUGCGUGUGGCUGGGUGCAGAGAGGAGGCGGAGAGACUGGAGGAGCAGCUUGAGAGGCUGCAUGAGGGAGCAUCCUCUGGCCUAAAGGAAGUAGAUGCAGUCCUGGAGCUUCUGGUGCACUUGGCUGGCUCGGCCCCUCCACCACCUACCUCUUUCAGCAGGGACUACAUGAGACGAGAGAGGCCAGUGGUGCGAAGGCCUCAACCCUGGGGCUACCAGAGCGAGGAGCUGCAGAGGUUGGAGGCCCGGGCGUGGGGUUUAGUUUGUCAAGAGGAAUGGGGGACUUUGGACAGUUUGUAUGGGACUCAGAGAUUGAUGGAUGCCCCUCCAGGUACAGGACUACUGGCACUGAGAACUAAAUUAGAAACCGAAGAAAGAUUUGAGAGGGACACCAGGCUGACGCUGUUUGGAGCACUGCAGCACACACGCACUGCAGACAUAGACAUUAGACUGGACCUGCCUCCUAUUCCUAGUAAUAUUGAUGUGACUGGCCUGGCUAUAAGGGUCCCUUCCUGUUUGGAUCAGUCUGAGGAUGAGGGCUUCCAGUCAGCUUCCAACCUGACCCCAGACUCCCAAUCAGAGCCCAGCUCAGUUCCAGACUUUGAUAUUUGGGAGGCUCUCCGCACAUUUGAGCCUGGAAAGCGGCGCUGUUGGGAGUCCGUUGGCUGCCCACCAGGGAAAAGGGAGUCCCUCUAUCUAACGGAAGGAGGCAGGGAAGUCUUUGACCAGCUCUAUCGUUUAUGGGAAGGUGAAAUGAGGGUGGUUAGCACUGGUACACCCUCUCCUCUUCUCCCACUUCCCCUUGACUCUCAGACACAGCUGGUAUCUGACCUCCUCAAUGUCUUAAUUGGAGUGGCAUCUACAACCUUCCCUCUUAAUCAGAGCGUUCAGUUUGAUGUCAGACCUGGCGUGUGCGUGUCUGGAGCCUCUGCAGAAAGUGUGUCUCGUCUCCUAGGGGAGCUGGCACAGUAUGGAACCUACUACCUGAGGCUCAGCCGCUUCUCUCUGCAGAGUGCUGACAAAAAAGGCCUCGUCUUUCAGGCUUUUACUGGUGGUCUGAGGAAGUACCUUCAUUACUACAGGGCUUGUGUCCUCAGCACUCCACCCACACUCAGCCUGUUGACCAUUGGCUUCCUUUUCCGCAAAGUGGGCCGCCAACUAAGGUACCUGUCAGAACUGUGCUGCGUAGACGGGCCUUUGGGUGCAGGCCAGGCUACCUUCCCUGUGGGUGUUAAACUGCUGUCCUACCUGUACAAUGAAGCGCAGAAUAACUGUAGCAAUGAGAACUAUCCAGUGCUGCUGUCGCUGCUGAAGAGCAGCUGUGAACCUUACACACGGUUUGUGUCAGAUUGGGUGUACAGCGGCGUGUUUCGAGAUGUUUAUGGAGAAUUCAUGAUCCAGGUCAAUGAGGAGUUUCUGGGCUUCAGAGACAAACACUUCUGGGUCCAGGGCUACACUCUCAUCUCAAAGGACGUGGAGGAUUGUGUCCCUAUUUUCCUGAGACACAUCGCCAAUGACGUAUAUGUAUGCGGAAAGACUAUCAACCUCCUCAAGAUCUGCUGCCCACAGCACUACAUCUGUUGGUCAGAGCUACCUGUGCCCCGCAUAGCCGUCACCUUCUCUCUCCAGGAGGUGGAGGAAAUUGAAAAGGACUGUGCUGUAUAUCGUGGACGCAUGGAGAGGAUUGCCAAGCACAGUGCCACUAGCAGGGAGGAGCAGGCCCUUCGAGCAGAGCAGGCACGCCAGGAGCUGAUCAAUCAGGUCAGAGAGUCGGCAGCCAAAACCCUGGAGAGCAUCCGCGGGCGGCAGGUGUCACAGCGUCUGGCUGAAGAGGCCAAGAAGAGGGAGCGUUUUGAAGAGCUGAAACAGCACCUGGAGCAGGAGCAGGAGUGGCGGAGUGUAGCCAAGAAGAAGCAGGAGGAGGAUGACUUUAGCUUUGCCAGAGAGGUGAGGGAUCGAGAGAAAAGACUGCAAGCCCUGGAGGAGCAGCUGGAGCAGAGAGCCAGGAAGGAGCUGAUUGCUCAGUACAGCCGUCUGUCAGAGGAGGCAGCUCGCAGAGAGAGGCGGGCCAUGUGGCGGGUGCAGCGAAUGAGACUUGAGGAAGCCCGGGCUCAGUUCUUCAUGCAAGACAGGCAGCAGACACAGGCAAUGCUGCAGAAAUAUCCUUUAGGCCAGGAGAGACCUCCCAUGGAAGUACGACCAUCUGUUCAGUCAGCACAACAGGCUGCUCUGCAUCCAGCACUGGAAUCUCCCUCACAGGAUCCGUCUAAACUGCAGCCAUCAGAGCUCCAAGAACCUGAUCGUGUGUCACCACCAUCUCCUCCAUCUUCACCCUCUCCGACAGCAGACCCCGCCCUCAUCUCUGAGAACAUUGACAUCAAUGAUUUUCUGCCCAAAUCACCAAGUCAGCAGGUGGAUGCAGCUCUACAAGAAAUAGGAUCUGAUCUACCUGAAGUGUGCCCUUCUGCACAGUUGGUCAACUAUGACUUCAGCACCCCCUUUAGUCCACUUGAGGGUAUAGCUGGCAAAGUCUCCGCCCAGCCGCGUCCUCGAUGGGGACCUGCAGUCCAGCCUGACCACCCUUCCUUUUCCCACAUCCCAACAAGAGAGAAUGUGUCUGAAGUUCAAGAAAGUGCCCCCAAAGCAAGCCCCUUUGGCCAAGCCACCAAAUCAAGUUUUCCUUUAGGUCAAUACACCUUAGAGGAGCCUCAAAAUAAACCUACAGCAAGCGUUUAUGGACAUCCCUCUCAAUCUUCAGUACAGCUAGUAGAUGGUAGUGGCUCAGAGAUGGAUUCCAAGCAGGAGGAGGAUACGUCUAGGACAGAAGAGAAGACUGAAACAGGGAACUCUGAAAGUAUAGUAGAAGCCGGUGAAGAGGAGAAAACCAAAGAAGUUGUUGAUACAGAUUGCUCAGUUGCUCAAGAUCAAAUCAGUAAAAAUGUUCCUUUGCCAAACAUUGAUGUCUCCAGUGCAGACCUAAAAGAUAGUGAGCUGGUGCCAGAUACUGCAACCACGCAGCCGUCACCUAGCAACCAAAGGCAUUCCUCUGAUGCUCACAUAAAGGUUGGACAGUUUGUAUCGGAUGUAACUGCUCCUCUUCCUUCUCCCAACACCCACGGUCAUUCCUCAGAUGCUCACAUCAAGAUUGGAGAACAUGUUUCAGACAUGGAAGCUCCUUCAUCCUCCCCCAGCAUUCACGGCCACUCCUCUGAUUCUCACAUUAAAGUUGGAGAAAAUAUUUCAGAUUUUGUCUCUCCUCUCCCUACUCCAAACAUCCAUGGUCAUGCCUCAGAUUCUCACUUCAAAGUGGGUGAGCAUGUUUCAGAUGUGGUUGCUCCUCUUCCCUCCCCCAGCAUCCAUGGCCACUCCUCUGAUGCUAAUAUAAAAGUAGGCGAGUUUGUGUCAAACAUAACUGAAGAUAGACCUCGCUGGAGUAAACACGGGCAUGCCUCGGAUUGCGUUCUUCAACCAGGAUGUGUGGUGUCUGGAAAUGAACCCGCCUUGUCCGCCUUACCAGGAAGCUCUUACGGCCAUUCCUCAGACUCAACUUUGCAGAUUGGAUGUGUAGUUUCAGGAGACGAACCCAAACGCUCUCCUCUACCUGGUAGUGCUCAUGGCCAUUCUUCAGACUCUAGUUUAGGUGUUGGAUGUGUUGUGUCCAAAGCUGACUCCCUUCCAUCACCAUUACCUGGCAGCGCUUAUGGCCACUCCUCAGACUCGAAGCUGGGUGUGGGUUGUGUGGUGCUCGGGACAGAGCCUCAGGCCUCUGCACUGCCAGGAAGCACAUAUGGCCACUCAUCAGAUUCUUCACUUGGAGUAGGAUGCGUGGUGAAGGGCAAAAGCAGUGAAAAUCAGCAGAAGACAGAGGCUAAUGAAGACGCUAAAGGUGCUAAGUUGGAUAGUUCUGGUGAGCAGCUGCCAGAGAGCAUGGGGUCCUGGGCAGCAGGCUACGGCCUGUCCCCUGGAGAGAAGUCCGAGCAGGAAUACCUUUUGGCUCUUUCUGCUCAGUACCAGGUGGAGCACUAUGAGGACUGCUACAACCUAAUGGCUUCGUCCCCUGAGUGUCAACUGCUGAAGCAGGUAACUCGGGGCCCCUGGGGCCUCCCGAUGGACCCCACGCUCCGCAGAGCCACAGACACCACUGCUGUCCAACUCAGCGAGAUGGUCUCCCUGCCAGUUCUGAUAAAACACUCUGUCACCGCUCCGCUCAUCACACAUGUGUCAUUGGUGAACAAGGCUGUGGUGGACUACUUCUUUGUGGAGUUGGGGGUGGAAAGACACUUUGAAGCACUGCGGCACUUCCUGCUGAUGGAGGACGGGGAGUUUGCUCAGUCCCUCAGUGAUCUGCUGUUUGAAAAGCUGGGCAGUGGACAGACCCCUGGUGAGCUGCUGACCCCUCUAGUCCUGAACUCCAUCCUCAGUAAAGCUCUCCAGUACAGCUUACAUGGAGACACACCUCUAGCUAGCAACUUCACUUUCGCCCUGCGCUACCUCCCUGAGACGUUCCACCCACACGCCCCCGACUCUCUCAACUGUCUGGAGCUACGCUACAAGGUGGACUGGCCGCUGAACAUCAUCAUCACGGACAGCUGCAUGAACAAGUACAACCGUCUGUUCUCGUUCCUGUUGCAGCUCAAGCACAUGGUGUGGAGCCUUCGCGAGGUCUGGUUUCACCUCAAGAGGACAGCGCUGGUGAAAGGUGCUGGACGCUCGGUGCAGUUUCGUCAGCUGCAGCUGUACAGACAUGAGAUGCAGCACUUUGUCAAAGUGAUACAGGGAUACAUCGCCAACCAGAUCCUGCAAGUGUCCUGGAGGGAGUUUACAGCCAAACUGGCCACUGCCAGUGACCUGGAUGCCAUCCACCGCACACAUGCAGACUACCUCAACAGAGCCAUCUUCAGGGGUUUGCUGACAGAGAAGGCGGCGCCGGUCAUGAACAUCAUCCACAGCAUCUUCAGCCUGAUCCUCAAAUUCAGGGCUCAGCUGAUCGCACAGCCCUGGGACAGCCAGCAGGGGGAGGCAGUGCACCCCAGCUUCAUCGCCAUGCAGCAGUCGUACAACACCUUCAAGUAUUACUCCCACUUCCUCUUCAAAGUGGUGACCAAAUUAGUGAACCGAGGCUACCAGCCUCAUCUUGAAGAUUUCCUGCUUCGCAUCAACUUCAACAACUACUACAAAGACUCCUGAGGGGUGUGUGAGUCUUACAUGAACAAAGAGUGAAUCAUAAUAGAGAUACUUAUUUAAUGUAUACCUUGAAUGCAUUUAUUUUUGGAGUGUCUCCUUAUGUGUGCAUAAGAGGACAGAUAUUGCUAAGUCUUUCCUUUUCAUCACCCGUUAAAGAAGAGAAAAUCCUGUCUCUAAUGUACAUGUGGACAUUCAUUGUACAUAAAAGCCUAUUUAGCAAAUCAAAUGUGCAGGACUUUUGCUACAAUAUGUGUGCUUUUAAACUGUGUGCUGCCAAACUUUGAGUGUGAUAAGCUUCCUGCUGUAAUGUCUAACAUUUUCCAUGUGCCUCCAGCUUUGUACAUUUUAGGUGCAUUGAAAUAUAUAUUU